AUGGUGGAUGCAACGACUACCAGUGUCGUGAGCACGACUGGCACAUCUACAUCAACAGCCUCAGCCACAUGUGUUAGCGUUGCUCCUGGGAAGAAUGGCUACUUGCCUCCCGACGCGUGCAAUAAUAUUCUAUUUUAUGUUCCGUCUUUAGGGGCAGCAGUUUUGUUCUUUUUACUGUACUGCUUAACGUUUGCAGUCCAUGUCGGUGAAGGGUUUUAUUUCAAGAAGAGAUACACCUGGGUUGUUUCAAUGGGCGCCUUGUGGGAAGCUGUAGCUUUCUUCUUCCGCUGUCUUCAGACACGUCACCAAAACGAUGAGGGGUAUGAUUCUGGAUAUACAAUUUUUUUCUUACUCGCCCCGCUUUGGAUCAACGCCUUCCUUUAUAUGACGCUUGGGCGCAUGAUAUACUUCUUUGUCGAAGACAGAAAGCUCGGGGGUAUAUCGGCACAGAAUUAUGGCGUUAUAUUUGUUUGGCUAGAUGUAAUUGCCUUUUUGGUUCAGCUAGCUGGUGCCAGCAUCACAAGUCAAACCGAUUCUAGUCAAAGUACAAUUAUGAUUGGUGUCCAUAUUUACAUGGGUGGCAUUGGUAUACAAGAGCUUUUUAUCGUCAUUUUCACUUGUCUUUUCGUUAAGCUCCACACGCAGAUGCUACAUGCAGAGCGGAUCGGGGUCCUUGAUAUGGAAAAGGUAAAUCGUGGAUCGUUGAAUUGGCGCUGGGUGUUCUACGGAACUUACAUAUCACUUGCGAUGAUCACGAUUCGUAUCAUCUUUCGUCUGGCACAAUAUGCCCAAGGUACCAAUCCAAACAACCCGGUUCUCACGCACGAGUUUUACGAGUAUGUCUUCGAUGCUCUUCCAAUAUUCAUUGCAUUAGUCAUACUCAACUGGCUACACCCGGGACGUGUGUUGAAAGGAGAAGACUCCGAGUUUCCCCGUAUCAGCAGUAAGGAGAGAAAGCGCCUCAAACGAGAGAAGCUUGACGCAAGAAGAGCGGAAAAGGAGGAGAGAAGACAAGCUCGUCGAAACCGAGGGAAAAGAGAAAGCCGUCCUGGGUUCAACUUUCGAUUUUCGCCCAUCCAAGAAGAGGGGGCGGCUUCUGUCUUUGCUCCAGCCCCAUCAUUUUACGAUACGCCAUCAGUGCCAGCUGCUCCACCACAAUAUCAUGAAAUAAGCACACAACAGAGACCAUAA